AUCUCUUGUAACAGCACCAACCCCUGUCCCGAAUCCGCUCCAUGUUGCUCCCAAUACGGUAUUUGUGGUACUGGUAACCUCUGUGCCAACGGUUGUAUCAUUAAGAACUCCUACAACUUGACUUCAUGUCUUCCAAUGCCAAGAAUGGGCUCGUUCGAGACCCAGUUCGACUCCCUCGACAAGUUGCAAGUGUCUAUCGACUACUUGGGUAACUCGUCUGCCGUUGACUGGUUGUACUCAGGAUGGGUCGACAUCCACGACGACGCCUUGUUGAUGGAAAUGCCACAAUAUUCCGGUGGUUCUGUUGUCAGUUCCACCAAGUACUUGUUGUACGGUAAGGUUUCUGCCACCAUCAAGAGUUCUCACUUGCAAGGUGUGAUCACUUCCUUCAUUACCUACUCGGAUCUCGAGGAUGAAAUCGAUUUCGAGUUCGUUGGUUACGACACCACUCAAGUCCAAACCAACUACUACUCUCAAGGUGCUUUGGAUUACACCAAGGGCCACAACUCUUCCACUUCUGACACCAUGGCCAACUGGCACACUUACACCAUUGACUGGCAAGAAGACAAGAUCGACUGGUACAUCGAUGGUGACAAGAUCAGAACCCUUGACAAGGCUUCCACCCACAACUCGACCGACAACACCUAUGCCUUCCCUCAAACUCCAUCCAGAAUCCAAAUGUCUCUUUGGCCAGGUGGUAAUGCCACCAGUCCUAUCGGUACCAGAGCUUGGGCCGGUGGUGAGAUCGACUGGGACUCCAAGGACAUCCAAGACAAUGGUUACUACUAUGCUUACCUUAAAAACGUCACCGUCGAGGCUUAUGACUUACCAAGCGGCAUUGGCAGAGACACUUCUGGUGGUAACAGCAGCAAGUUCGACACUUACGUCGUUAACAGCACCCAUGGUACCCAAUCAAACAUUAUGAUCUCUAACAGAGAAACCAUCCUUGGUGACGAAGAUGGCACUGGUUUUGACAGAAAGCUCGACAAGCUCCAAUCCUCAUCUGCUUCUGCCUCCUCAUCUGCUUCUUCCUCUGGCUCCAGAUCUUCCUCUGGUUCUGCCUCUACCACUGCUUCUAGAAGUGGUGCUUCCGGUUCUUCCACCCAGUCUGGUGCUAGAACCACUAGUACCAACACCAGCUCCGCCAACGGUGACUUCGCCCAAAACUCGGCCUCAGCAUCUGGUUCUUCCAGCAAU